UGAGACGCAACGCCUCACAGCCGGCACAGCCACAGUCCGAUCCGUACGUGGCGAACCGCAUUCCUUAUUUGAAAUUUUAUUUCAUUUUUUUAUUGCUUAUUGACGUUAAUUUAAAAAAGUUUCGGUGUUUACGCGCGAAAAUUCGCGCCAUUUUAAGUGGCAGUGACGUUUUUUGAGUGUGUGUGAUAACAGUUAUAUUUGUGACUUUUCUUUAAAUCGGAUCAUAUUAAAAUUUGCGUUAAAAUGGCGACGAAGGACUUCAGGACGGAGAGGGUCAAGCAAAUGUUCAGUUGGACAACAGCAGAGACCUCGCCUCCGUCGCCCAUCGGCGACGAGAAGGAGUCCAAGAUGAACCAGAUACAAUUUUCGCCUCCCCUCGAGAAACAAAACAGCACAAUGUGGCAAAAGCGACAGCAGGCGGUGUGCGUGCGGCACGCGUUCAAACACUAUGGGUCGAACAAGAGACCCAACCAUGUUCUUAGCAACCUUAACAUGUCCGUCGCAAAGGGAACCAUUUAUGGUCUCCUCGGGGCAUCAGGAUGUGGUAAAACUACUCUAUUAUCUUGCAUAGUGGGGAGACGGAAACUCAACGGAGGUGAAAUAUGGGUGCUGGGAGGCAAACCUGGAACCAAAGGUUCCGGUGUACCCGGUAAGCGUGUAGGCUACAUGCCUCAAGAGAUUGCUCUGUACGGCGAGUUUACCAUCAAGGAGACCAUGAUGUACUUCGGAUGGAUCUUCGGUAUGGAGACCAAGGAAAUUUUGGACAGACUACGCUUCCUACUGGACUUCUUGGACUUACCCAGCGAGAACAGAAUGGUUAAAAAUUUGAGUGGCGGCCAACAACGUCGAGUGUCAUUCGCAGUAGCGCUGAUGCACGACCCGGAACUGCUCAUUCUUGACGAACCCACCGUGGGCGUGGACCCGCUCCUCAGACAGUCAAUCUGGACCCAUCUCGUUCGAAUCACAAGCUCCGGGGACAAGACUGUCAUCAUCACAACACAUUACAUCGAAGAAGCCAGACAGGCCCAUUGUAUCGGCCUUAUGCGCAGCGGCCGCCUCUUAGCGGAGGAAUCACCUCAGGCUCUUCUCACCAUGUACAGCUGCAUCUCAUUAGAAGACGUCUUCUUAAAACUUUCAAGAAGACAAGGUCAAGCAAACCAAGUGGUAGAACUAAACGUAACCGGAGGAGCCCUGGGACUGAACAAGAUGUCCAAACGAGAAGAAGCACCUUACGCGGCGGAGGAUAACCAAGUAGUUGGAUUGAACUUCCACCAGAGUAAAGAGGUGUUGAUCGUGGACCAUGCUGCUGGCUCUAACGGAGAUCUGCCCGGUAAAAUGACAGAAGCUGUGAAAUCUGAAAUUGAAGACUGCGGUAACUGUUUCAACUUUACAUCAAGAGGAAAGAUCAAAGCGCUGAUCCAGAAGAACUUCUUACGUAUGUGGCGUAACAUCGGAGUUAUGUUGUUCAUCUUCGCUUUACCUGUUAUGCAGGUCAUCCUCUUCUGUCUCGCUAUUGGAAGGGAUCCAAGUGGUCUUCGUCUGGCGGUCGUGAACGAUGAUGUGAACGUGAUAGAUGGUAACUGUCCCUACAACGCUUCCUGCUCCAUGAAGAACCUCUCGUGUCGAUACCUCGCCAACCUCAAGAACCAGUCCAUCAUCAAAGAGUAUUACGCCGACUUGAGCUCCGCGAUCCACGCUGUGGAAGUCGGCAAUGCUUGGGGAGCGAUAUACUUUAAUGAGAAUUACACUGAUUCCUUGGUUGCUAGAUUAGCUUUGGCGGACACAGCAGACAACGAGACGAUAUCGUCAUCCGAGGUUCAAGUGUGGCUGGACAUGUCCAACCAGCAGAUCGGUCUGAUGCUCAACAGGGACAUACAGUUCUCAUACCGGGACUUUGCUAAGGACUUGCUAUCAACUUGUCACUAUAACCCCAAGGUGGGCGAUAUCCCCAUCGACUUCAAGGACCCCAUUUACGGAGACAACAACCCUUCCUUCACUGACUUCGUAGCGCCAGGCGUCAUUCUCACGAUCGUAUUCUUCUUGGCCGUCGCUCUGACAUCAUCAGCGUUGAUCGUCGAAAGGAUGGAGGGUCUGCUCGACAGGUCCUGGGUCGCCGGAGUCUCCCCCGGAGAGAUCCUGUUCUCCCACGUGAUCACCCAGUUCGUGGUGAUGUGCGGUCAGACCGCUCUCGUACUCAUAUUCAUGAUUCUCGUGUUCGGGGUGAAGUGCAACGGAAACAUCGCCUACGUCGUCAUGCUGACGCUACUUCAAGGGCUGUGCGGCAUGUGCUUCGGGUUCGUGAUCUCGGCGGCGUGCGAGCUGGAGCGCAACGCCAUCCAGCUGGCGCUGGGCUCGUUCUACCCCACGCUGCUGCUGAGCGGCGUGAUCUGGCCCAUCGAGGGCAUGCCGUGGCUGCUGCGCGGCGUGGCGCUGUGCCUGCCGCUCACGCUGGCCACGUCCGCGCUGCGCGCCGUGCUGACGCGCGGCUGGCCGCUGGCCGAGCCCGCCGUGUACCUGGGCUUCGUGGCGGACCGGUGUAGAUCUACUGUUACCGCUUCUCGGGCGCCAUCUUCGAUCUGGAUCCGUAUUUUUAGUGGGAAUUUUCUAUUACGAUUGGUUGAUUUAGAACGAUAUACAUUUGUACAGUAAGCUUAGAGUACUCUAGUUUAAGUCUCGUAUCGUGUAAGGUCGUAUGUGUAAGUUUAUCGUUUUCUGUAACCCGACAGGACAGGCCGACGUUGGAUUGGAUUAUUGUUGUAUUUUUUAUUUAUUUUUUCUAUUAACAAUGGUGCUUGCAUGAAAAUUUACAAUUGACAGAACAUCUAUUUAUUUUCUCUUUAUAGUUGUAAUAUUUCUUGUACGUAGGUAGUAUAAGCGGGCAAUACUGUAAUUCCACUACAUAGAACUAUGUAUAGAAUAGAAGUGUCAGACUGUGAUUAUUUUUGCUAACAUUGACAUUUUUGUAAUGACAAUUAUACAAUAAAACUGUACCAAAUAAUUA